UUAAUAUUUAUAUCAAGGAAAAUGAAAAUCGAAUAAUGGAAAAUUUCGGCUAUUAGAAAAUGACACAUACGACAGAGAUAAAUGACACCGUGAUAUAAACGUUUAUAGUUUUUGAUAGUUUUUCUUUAUUUAUAUUCUUUGAAAAUUAAAACGUUUUUCAAGAUGAUGAAAUAUGGGGAAGGUGAAAAAUUAGCGGAUACUCGUCCUUGUGCCGCAAUUAGAGCUGAUUUAAAAAUGUGUUUAUUAUCAAGUGAUUGUUGCAAAAGGGAUAAAAAAACACCUCGAGAAUGCUUAUCAGUAACAGAUGGCAGUGUACCAAACCAAUGUCAGGUUUUACGGCGUACUUUUUUUGAAUGUAAACGUUCUUUGUUGGAUAACAGACUUCGUUUUAAGGGAAGAAAAGGAUACUAAUAAUAUUAUUCAUGUAGGAUAUUUAA